UUCAUCUCAGGCUGCCUGACUUCCUCCCAGCACAUUCCUGCACUCCGCCUGUGUCCACACUGCCCCACAGACCCGGUGCCCUGAGCCCACCGUGGCCCCCCCUGUUAGUCCCUCUGGCUGGGUCCUGCCACGGUGCCAGCAGGUGGCCCUGGGCCGGGGGCCAAAGGCUCCCUCAGGGCACACAGCCCUGAGACCUAAGAGGGCCACCCCUCAAGGGUGGCCAGGCCCCCGGCGGCCCACCCGAGUGCCACCUCUGCCCCCAGCCCUGCUGGCCUCUGGUCCCACUGGCCCCUCAGAUGCCUGGCUGAAACCCAGCAGUGGCCCCAACUGCCCACGCCUCCUCCUGGUCCCCAAGGCUGGCACUGCAGCAGACGACUCCUUGGGCACAAGGCAGCUAACAGACGCAGACGCCGGGCCGAGCAGCAGCGGCAUGGGCAGCGCUAGCCCGGGCCUGAGCAGCGUGGCCCCCAGCCGCCUCCUGCUGCCCCCUGACACAGUGUUGCGGACAGGCCUGGAGAAGGGGGCCGUGGGGGCAGCAGGACCUGAGAGCCGGGACUGGAGCCCCAGCCCACCUGCCACACCCGAGCAGGGCCUGUCCGCCUUCUACCUGUCCUACUUUGACAUGCUGUACCCUGAGGACAGUGGCUGGGCCGCCAAGGGCCCCGGGGCCAGCCCCCGGGACGAGCCGGCUGAGGAGCCUGAGCAGUGCCCCGUCAUCGACAGCCAGGCCCCCGGGGGCAGCCUGGACUUGGCGCCGGGCGGGCUGACCCUGGAGGAGCACUCCCUGGAGCAGGUGCAAUCCAUGGUGGUGGGCGAGGUGCUCAAGGACAUCGAGACGGCCUGCAAGCUGCUCAACAUCACCGCAGACCCUGUGGACUGGAGCCCUGGCAACGUGCAGAAGUGGCUCCUGUGGACGGAGCACCAGUACCGGCUGCCCCCCGUGGGGAAGGCCUUCCAGGAGCUGGGGGGCAAGGAGCUGUGUGCCAUGUCGGAGGAGCAGUUCCGCCAGCGCUCGCCCCUGGGUGGGGACGUGCUGCACGCCCAUCUGGACAUCUGGAAAUCAGCGGCCUGGAUGAAAGAGAGGACUUCCCCGGGGACGAUUCACUUCUGUGCCUCGCCCAGCGAGGACAGCUGGGCCGACAGCGAGGUGGACUCGUCCUGCUCCGGGCAGCCCAUCCACCUGUGGCAGUUCCUCAAGGAGCUGCUGCUCAAGCCGCACAGCUACGGGCGCUGCAUCCGCUGGCUCAACCAGGAGAAGGGCAUCUUCAAAAUUGAGGACUCCGCCCAGGUGGCCCGGCUCUGGGGCAUCCGCAAGAACCGGCCCGCCAUGAACUACGACAAGCUGAGCCGCUCCAUCCGCCAGUAUUACAAGAAGGGUAUUAUCCGGAAGCCCGACAUCUCCCAGCGCCUCGUCUACCAGUUUGUGCACCCCAUCUGAGGGCUGAGGGCCAGGCCUCGGCCUGAAACGUCCCUCCUGCCUGCUCCUGCC